UCCUGACGUUACAUGUGAAGUCCCACACGUGCGGCUGGCUGUGUAUCCGCAAUGUUUUGACCGCUGGUUAUUUAAAAGACUGGAGGCGAGGUCUGACUGCAGUGGGGGAUGUUGGUUGGAGAGCCCACUGACUGAACAGAGAGAGAGAGAGAGAGAGCGAGAGCGCGCUGUGUGCUUUCUUCCCGGCAGAGUGCGUCCCGCUCUACACGCACACAUCGGGGUCACUCUACUUCCAGAUAGCGGACUGAUUUCCACUCCCGCAUGUCCUGUAUAUCGCACAAGAACAGUCUAACGGACACCAGCAGACGUUAACUACCUGUGCACCUUCAGUGUGCGUCACAGAAACUCGUCUAAUUGUUUUCUCCGCCGUUUCCUACACGGGGAUUUUGGAUUACGGAGAAUAACAAGCAGCGUGGACGCGUAACUCCCCAAAUCAUGGAUUUAUGGCUAAAGUUGACGUUGUUGUGCAGCUGCUGUUUUGGAGCAAGUGCAGACUUUGAUGGCAGGUGGCCGCGGCAGAUGGCCUCGUCUACUGGCCUUUGUCGAUACGGGGCCAGGGUGGACUGCUGCUGGGGAUGGACACGCCGUUCCUGGGGUCACUGCCAGCCUCUCUUCGCCUUAACUCCCAGAGUAGCCGGGAAAAGGUGCCAGCCCCAAGCUGUGUGCCAGCCUGGCUGUAAGCACGGAGACUGCGUGGGACCCAAUAAGUGCAAAUGCCACCCUGGCUUUACUGGCAAGACCUGCAACCAAGAAGAAGAGCUGGACUAUUUAACCCCACCAGUGUGGGCCAGUCACCUUCCUGUCUUUCUUCCUGUGGACCAUCAGCCAGCAAGAGUAGUGAUGGAGGACCUGAAUGAGUGCGGUCUGAAGCCGAGGCCCUGUAAACACAGGUGCAUGAAUACAUAUGGGAGUUACAAGUGCUACUGCCUCAACGGCUACAUGCUGAUGCCUGACGGGACCUGUGGAAAUGCUCGCACUUGUGGCAUGGCCAACUGCCAGUAUGGCUGCGAGGUGCUGAAAGGAGAGGUCCGAUGUCAGUGUCCGUCACCGGGGCUACAGCUGGCUCUGGAUGGAAGAACCUGUGUGGAUGUGGAUGAGUGCGCCACAGGGAUAGCAGUGUGCCCCAGGUUCAGGAAAUGCACAAACACUUUUGGUAGCUACAUCUGCAAGUGCCAUGAAGGCUUUGACCUGCAAUACAUCAAUGGGAAAUACCAAUGCAUAGAUGUGGAUGAAUGCUCUUUAGGUCAGAGCCACUGCAGCAGCUUUGCCACCUGCUACAACACGCCAGGCUCAUACAAGUGCAAAUGCAAAGACGGCUACAGGGGGAUGGGCCAUGACUGCAAACCCAUUCCGAAGGUGGUUAUUGACCCCCCGAGACCAGGCAAACUGCCUCCAAAUCAUCACAACCACAUCCCCGACAUGGAUCAGAAGAGGACCACCACCACCAUGCGCCCACCUGUGACUCAAAAGAGAAUCUUCCCCAUUAUUACCAAAUCAACAACUACCCCCACCACGACUAUGAGAACCACAACAACAAUCAAAACACCUCUGCCUCCAACCAGGGUCACCCCACCUCCACGCAAGCCAGCAGUUCCCACCAGGAAGCCCUUCAUCCCAACCAGGAAGUCACCAGCACCUACACGCAAGCCAUACAUCCCACCAAGGCCAGUGGCUCCCACCAAACGCCCCCCCCCCACACCCCCACCAGUCACACCUGUAGACAACACCAUUGAGAAGGAGGUCACCAAACAGAGAGGGGAUGUUCACAUCCCACGGAACCACGGCCAUAACACUGUCCUUGGCGUUGACUUUGACAUUGAGCUCGGCAACACGGCAGAUGAAGCCAAGGACGACCCAGAGUCGGGGUAUCUGAGCUGCUCCUUUGAUGAUGGUCUUUGUGGUUGGAUCAGGGACAAAGACGGAGACCUUCACUGGGAGACAACACCUGAUCCAUCAGGUGGACGGUACCUCACCAUUCCCGAGGUAGGCAACAAGAGGACUGGGCGAGGGGCACGGCUGGUCCUCCCACUCACCCCCCCCUGGAACGACGGCAAUCUGUGCCUGUCGUUCCGGCACAAGCUGGCAGGCCACCAUGUGGGCAUGCUGCAAGUGUUUGUAAAGAAGGGAAAGCAGUACAGUCCAGCAGUCUGGGGCCGGACAGGUGGAAAUGGCUGGAGGCACACCCAAAUCACAUUAUGGGGUACAGGCCUAGAAAGUGUGAUCCUGAAGGGGGAGCGUGGGCGAGGCAGGAGCGGCGAGAUGGCUGUGGACGACAUCGCCCUGAGGAAAGGCUCCUGCACAGAGGAGCACAAUCUGAGGAGACUCUAACUGACAGUACAGAAAUAGGCAGAAAGAAAACAAGAGGGGAAAUCAUCUCAAAGAGAACUGACUCUGUUGUGACAUCCCCUCAAUCUGCCUGCCCCCCCGCCCUCCCCACUGCCCUUCCCAGCUAUUCUGUGAACGAUAUCUGAAAAACUAUCGGAAGAACAGUGCGUUUCCCUUUCUUGACUGACCAUAAAUAAAAAGACAGAAUCGAAAUGUCAAAACCGGAUCCCAGCAGCAUACCCUUCGUCUUUUCAGCCUCCCUCUCACUCUGUCAUCUUGUUACUAUGAUGCCUGCAUGUACCUACUUACCAUGGAAAUGUCCUACACCUAACACAGCCCUGGCAGCCUUCCAGCCACACCGCUGAGAGGCCCACGUUUACUUCAUUUCUUCCUGGAGAGAGGACUGUUCCCUCACUGCUUUUGCUUUGCUUUGAUCCUUUAACCACAAGCCAUUGCUUUUUAUUUGUUUGAUGUUAACAGCUGUGGCUAGGGGUGCAUUUUGUGACUGUUUUGAUCAGCAAAAUAUCAGAAAUGAAAUACAUUUCUUUAAAGGGUUAGUUUUAAAAAAGAUGAUAUAAAAGACAAAUUGUAUUUGUCAGAUUUUCUUUCCAGUUCAGAUGACUCCAAAUCUGAUACAAACCCAAAGUAUAAAACCAUGUAGUAAGUCAGGUUUGCCCUGCUUUUGUUGGUUUUAGUUUCUGGUAUUGCAAAUGUUCUAUAGCACAGUUUGGAAUGAAACAAUACACCUUUGUUUUGUUGUUGCAGUAUUUCAAAGAUCUGUUUGGUAGGUAGAAGAGGGUUUAAAAAUUCUACACCUUUUCUACUCUAAUCUUUAAAAAAAGGUAUUAGUUUGAACACUUCAUUUUUAUUGUUUUUCAGAUACUUGCGAUGUGUCAAACAGAUACAGUGUAUGAUUUUUGACACUCAAAUCAACACUUACUUUCUAUUAAACAGUAUGUGCUUUGUUAUAUUAAGUGCAGUUUGUUACAAAGAUGAUACCAACAAUUUUUCAGGCUAUCACAAAUUGUAUUAUUGUAAAUGUAACUGUGUGUACAUACUCUAAAGAUCUGCAAUCCCAUUUGUUGUGUGGUUUUUACGUUGUGUAAAUUCAUAUAUGGAUAUUAAUUGGAUUUCAAAAUAGUUGGUAUUUCAACUUUUAAUUAAACAUCUACAAGUAUACAGAUA